GCGCCAGGGCCGGCCUGAGUUCGGGGCCCGCAGCUCUCCACCCUGCGUCGUGUCCUGGGUUGCGGCGGCCCUGGAUCCGGCGUCAGGGCAGACCGGGCGGACGAGGUGGAACCAGAGUCGGUCAGUCUGGCUGGUGAAAGGCGCGGGGCCGGGCAGUGCGGCGGGUCGUCCAAGUAGGCUUCAGGUACCUAGGAGCCCAGAACUCAGUUUCCUGUCGCCCGCAGGCACUAUGAAGGCACUGAUCUUGGUGGGCGGAUAUGGGACGCGGCUGCGGCCGCUGACGCUGAGCACCCCGAAACCACUGGUGGAUUUCUGCAAUAAGCCCAUCUUGAUGCACCAAGUGGAGGCGCUGGUCGCGGCAGGCGUGGAUCACGUGAUCCUGGCCGUAAGUUACAUGUCUCAGGUGCUGGAGAAGGAAAUGAAGGCGCAGGAGCAGAGGCUGGGAAUCCGAAUCUCCAUGUCCCAUGAAGAGGAGCCUUUGGGGACAGCUGGACCCCUGGCGCUGGCCCGCGACCUGCUCUCUGAGACUGCAGACCCUUUCUUUGUCCUCAACAGUGAUGUGAUCUGCGAUUUCCCCUUCCAAGCCAUGGUGCAGUUCCACCGGCACCAUGGCCAGGAGGGCUCCAUCCUGGUGACUAAGGUGGAAGAACCUUCCAAGUAUGGUGUGGUGGUGUGUGAGGCUGACACAGGCCGCAUUCACCGGUUCGUGGAGAAGCCGCAGGUGUUUGUGUCCAAUAAGAUCAAUGCAGGCAUGUACAUCCUGAGCCCUGCGGUGCUGCAGCGCAUCCAGCUGCAGCCCACGUCCAUUGAGAAGGAGGUCUUCCCUGUUAUGGCCAAGGAGGGGCAGCUAUAUGCCAUGGAGCUGCAGGGCUUUUGGAUGGACAUUGGGCAGCCCAAGGAUUUCCUCACUGGCAUGUGCCUCUUCCUGCAGUCACUGAGGCAGAAGCAGCCUGAGCGACUGUGCUCAGGCCCUGGCAUUGUGGGCAACGUGCUGGUGGACCCAAGUGCCUGCAUUGGCCAGAACUGCAGCAUUGGCCCCAAUGUGACUCUGGGUCCUGGUGUGGUGGUAGAGGAUGGUGUGUGCAUCCGGCGGUGCACAGUGCUACGGGACGCCCACAUCCGCUCUCACUCCUGGCUUGAGUCCUGCAUUGUAGGCUGGCGCUGCCGUGUUGGCCAGUGGGUAAGCCUGUGGGCUGGGACAGGUAGGGAGCGGGCAGGGAAUGCACCUGCUUCACUGGUAAGGCCUAUUCUCUCACCCAAGGUGCGCAUGGAGAAUGUGACAGUGCUGGGUGAGGACGUCAUAGUUAACGACGAGCUCUACCUCAAUGGAGCCAAUGUACUGCCUCACAAAUCUAUUGGCGAAUCAGUACCGGAGCCUCGCAUCAUCAUGUGAAGGGAUGCCAUGGGGCUGGCCAAACCCCCAUUUCCCCCAUCGGCAAGGAGAUCACUGGCUUGGCACAUCAGAAAACCCUGGACUUGUUGCCAUGUGUCGGGGAGGGAUUGGAUAAGGCCAAAACUGUUGGACACCUGCCCUUUCUCAUGGACAUAAACUGGCAGGAUUCCUGCUGGGCCCACCCCACAAACCCCACUCCCUCAAGAAGGGCCAGGGCUUUAUGGAAUAAUAAUUUAAUGCUCACUGUA